GACGCACCGCCCCCCUAGGCCCCCAGUCACUCCCAAGAUGGCGGACCUACUGGGCUCCAUCCUGAGCUCCAUGGAGAAGCCACCCAGCCUCGGUGACCAGGAGACUCGGCGCAAGGCCCGAGAACAGGCUGCCCACCUGAAGAAACUACAGGAGCAAGACAAACAACAGAAAGUGGAGUUCCGUAAAAGGAUGGAGAAAGAGGUGUCAGAUUUCAUUCAAGACAGUGGGCAGAACAAGAAAAAGUUCCAGCCAAUGAAUAAAAUAGAGAGGAGCAUACUGCACGAUGUAGUAGAAGUGGCCGGUCUGACAUCCUUCUCCUUUGGGGAAGAUGACGAAUGUCGCUAUGUCAUGAUCUUCAAAAAGGAGUUUGCACCCUCAGAUGAAGAGCUGGAGUCCUACCGCCGUGGAGAGGAAUGGGAUCCUCAGAAAGCUGAAGAGAAACGGAAGCUGAAAGAGCUGGCCCAGCAGCAGGAGGAGGAGGCAGCCCAGCAGGGACCUGUAGUGGUGAACCCUGCUGGUGAUUACAAGGAUAAGUACAGCCACCUCAUCGGCAAGGGGGCAGCCAAGGAUGCAGCCCAUAUGCUACAAGCCAACAAGACCUACGGCUGUGUGCCUGUGGCCAACAAGAGAGACACACGCUCCAUUGAAGAGGCCAUGAAUGAGAUCCGAGCUAAGAAGCGUCUGCGACAGAAUGGGGAGGAAUUGCCACCUACCUCCUAGGCACCCCAGCUCCCUUUGACCCCUGGGGCGGGAAGUGGGGGGGACAAGGCUGCUGCUAUUAGAACUCAUCCUGGAGCCCCACUCUCACUCAGGCUAGGGAAAGCAAAUAUUUGAUUUGUCGCAGAUGGAGCUGUGUGUGUGCGUGUGUGUGUGUGUUUGUGGUUGCACAGGUGGGUAUUUAAUCUGUAUUAUUCUCCAUUCUCCUUGGAGUUUUCUUUCUCAUGAGACUGGGCCUAUUAACAUCCAAUAAAUACUAUUUGAACCUA